GGAAGAUGGCGGAGCAAGAGCAAAGAAAAAUCCCUUUGGUUCCAGAAAAUCUCCUGAAAAAGAGGAAGGCUUAUCAAGCCCUCAAAGCCACUCAGGCAAAGCAGGCACUUUUGGCAAAGAAGGAGCAGAGGAAAGGAAAAGGGCCCAGGUUUAAGCGAUUGGAAUCAUUCCUGCAUGAUUCCUGGCGGCAGACACGUGACAAGGUGCGUGUCAGACGACUGGAAGUGAAGCCUCACGCCUUGGAAUUGCCAGAUAAACAUUCUUUGGCCUUUGUUGUACGCAUCGAAAGGAUUGAUGGUGUGAGUUUACUGGUGCAGAGAACCAUUGCAAGACUUCGCCUAAAGAAAAGUUUUAGUGGUGUCUUUGUAAAAGUCACUCCCCAGACCCUAAAAAUGCUGCGUAUAGUGGAACCUUAUGUGGCCUGGGGAUUUCCAAAUCUGAAGUCUGUCCGGGAACUCAUUUUGAAACGUGGACAAGCCAGGGUCAAGAAUAAGACCAUCCCUCUGACAGACAACACUGUGACUGAGGAGCACCUGGGCAAGUUUGGUGUCAUUUGCUUGGAAGACCUCGUUCAUGAAAUCGCCUUCCCGGGGAAGCAUUUCCAGGAGAUCUCAUGGUUCUUGCGCCCUUUCCACCUCUCAGUGGCCCGUCAUGCUACCAAAAAUAGAGUGGGCUUCCUCAAGGAGAUGGGCAAACCUGGCUAUCGGGGUGAACGCAUCAAUCAGCUCAUCCGCCAGCUGAACUAGAACCAGGUGCCAAACUGCAACAAAUUUUUAUCAAUGAAGUGGAAGCAUGUGUUUUUGGUUUUGGAGAAUUUGUAUCAAGGAUCUUCAGAGAAGA